ACGGAGCGGGCCGGACGCGUCCCUUUGUUGGCUCAGCGGCGCCUGUGAGGAGGAGCAGCGGCGGCGGCAACAGCAGCAGCAGCAGCAACAGCAGCAGCGGGUGUUUGUGAUCGGUCCGCCGAAGAAAGGCAGGCGGCCCGGCCGGAGCCCUCUAGUCCCCGGCGGCCCGGUGGGGGCCGGCCCCUCUCCCGCCGCCGGGCCCGCCAGCCCGCCCGCUCCUCAGUCUCCGCCGCCGCCGCCGCCAUGGACUCGGACGAAGGCUACAACUACGAGUUCGACGAGGACGAGGAGUGCAGCGAGGACAGCGGCGCCGAGGAGGACGAGGACGACCCCGACGACGACGACGACCCCGAUGACGACAACCUGGACCUGGGCGAGGUGGAGCUGGUGGAGCCCGGGCUGGGCGUGGGCGGAGAGCGCGACGGGCUGCUGUGCGGCGAGACGGGCGGCCUGGGGCCCGGCGGCGGAGGUGGAGGAGGAGGCCUGGGCGGCAGCGGCCUAGGCGGGCCGGGCCCCGGCGGCGGAGGCGGCGGCGGCGGGCUGGGCCACGAGCAGGAGGAGGAUUACCGCUACGAGGUCCUGACGGCCGAGCAGAUCCUGCAGCACAUGGUGGAGUGCAUCCGAGAGGUCAACGAGGUCAUCCAGAAUCCAGCAACUAUCACCAGGAUACUCCUUAGUCAUUUCAACUGGGAUAAAGAAAAGCUGAUGGAGAGGUACUUUGACGGCAACCUGGAGAAACUGUUUGCAGAAUGUCAUGUAAUUAAUCCUAGUAAAAAGUCUCGAACACGUCAAAUGAACACAAGGUCAUCCGCACAGGACAUGCCUUGCCAGAUCUGUUAUCUGAACUAUCCUAACUCGUACUUCACUGGCUUGGAAUGUGGACAUAAGUUUUGUAUGCAGUGCUGGAGUGAAUAUUUAACUACCAAAAUCAUGGAGGAAGGCAUGGGACAGACGAUUUCAUGCCCUGCUCACGGCUGUGAUAUCUUGGUUGAUGACAAUACAGUUAUGCGCCUGAUCACAGAUUCAAAAGUUAAAUUAAAGUACCAGCAUUUAAUAACUAAUAGUUUUGUAGAGUGCAAUCGACUGUUAAAAUGGUGUCCUGCUCCAGAUUGCCACCAUGUUGUUAAAGUACAGUAUCCUGAUGCUAAGCCUGUUCGCUGUAAAUGUGGCCGUCAGUUUUGCUUUAACUGUGGUGAAAACUGGCAUGAUCCUGUUAAGUGCAAGUGGUUAAAGAAGUGGAUUAAGAAGUGUGAUGACGACAGUGAAACUUCCAAUUGGAUUGCAGCAAACACCAAGGAAUGCCCCAAAUGCCACGUGACCAUAGAAAAGGACGGAGGCUGCAAUCACAUGGUCUGUCGGAACCAGAAUUGUAAAGCAGAGUUCUGCUGGGUGUGUCUUGGCCCUUGGGAGCCGCAUGGGUCUGCCUGGUACAACUGUAAUCGCUACAAUGAGGAUGAUGCAAAGGCAGCAAGAGAUGCCCAAGAGCGAUCCAGAGCAGCCCUGCAGAGGUACCUCUUCUACUGCAACCGUUACAUGAACCACAUGCAGAGCCUGCGCUUUGAGCACAAACUCUAUGCCCAAGUCAAGCAGAAAAUGGAGGAGAUGCAGCAGCACAACAUGUCGUGGAUCGAGGUCCAGUUUCUGAAGAAAGCCGUCGAUGUCCUCUGCCAGUGUCGUGCCACGCUCAUGUACACCUAUGUCUUUGCCUUCUACCUCAAAAAGAAUAAUCAGUCCAUUAUCUUUGAGAAUAAUCAAGCAGACUUGGAAAACGCUACCGAGGUCCUUUCUGGGUAUCUGGAACGAGAUAUAUCCCAAGAUUCACUGCAAGACAUAAAGCAGAAAGUGCAAGAUAAGUACAGAUACUGUGAGAGUCGGCGAAGGGUUUUGUUGCAGCACGUGCAUGAAGGCUACGAGAAGGACCUGUGGGAGUACAUUGAGGACUGAAACUGGCCUGCAUAAAACGAACUCUGAAAACCUUUUACCAUCUAGAGUGCUCAUGCAAUUAAAGCAAAACACACACACACAAAAAAAGGGGGCACUACGCCUAUUGCACCGCUGGUCUGUAGUACCGGAAUUCUGUUUUUGUUAAUGGAAAAAAUUUAAGUAAAUUAUAUUGUAAUAAAAAAAAGGUAGAUAAACCUUUGUACAACAGUAUUCUAGGUGGCCAGUAAGUGUGACAGACGCACUAAAAAAACAAAGCAACCCCUCCAACUUUAACUUGUAACGUAGCUUCAUUCUCCAAGCUGACUUCUCUCCCCCCUCUCCUUUCUCCUAUGCGUAUUACAGAUUAAAUUUAAAACAGUUUCUUGACACUGCUUUUCAUGUCCAACCAGCCAUUUUGAUGUACUUUGGUAUGAGAUUUCCCCCUCCCCCCCCCCCCGCUCCCCCUCACACAUGCACCAGUUCAUGGGUGAAUGUUGUUUGGCUUAUUGUAAAGAGGAUCUGGGGAAGGGGGGGGGAGGAGGAGGGGGGGUGGCGGCACACAGCAAAGAGAAAAACAAACCAACCUUUGUAUAUGACUUUUAAAAAAACAAAACAAAGAGGACAACACAGUAUUUUUCAAAAUUGUAAAUAGCGCAUAUGCAUGGACAAAGAGCAAGCGUGGCACGUGUUUGCAUAAUGUUUAAUUACAAAAAUAUUUAUUCUUUAAAAAUCUUCAAGAUGUCUAUUUGCUGUGCAUUUUUCUUUCAGUUUGCUUUUUAUCUGGGGUUGGGAUGGGGCAGUGGGGGGCAGUGCGUGCUGCUGUAAUGACUCCCUCUCUCUCUCUCUCUUUCUCUCUCUCUCUCUCUCUCUCAAAAUGUUGAGAGAAAUCUUGGCUUUCUCCUCUUCCUCCUCCUGCAGCUCCUUUGCAACUAUUCCAUUGUUUGGAUGUGUUCAUUGCUGGCAACGGACACUGUCCCAUUUGCACUUCCAGCUUUUUGAUGCAAACUGACUUAACUUGGUGUGUCUUUUACAUUUGGAAAUGAAAAGUGUAGCGAUUCCGACCGCUUUGUCUCUUUGCUCGUAAUAUCCACCCUUCUUGCCCGGUCUCCAGCCGUUUCCAUGCACUUCAAGGCAUCCACCCCGGCACGUGGCUCGCAGUCAUUCAUAGGAAGCAUUAGGGAUUUUCCUCUGUGGAUUGAAGUGCUCAAAUGGAACAUUCCGUGUUGCUUUGUCUUCGUCAGUUGUGGAACACCAAAAACAAAACGAUGGGGCUGUUGCGAAUAACAAUUUUGGGGGCUAAGUUGUUGGAAAAAGUGCCUGUUAAAGCAAACACUCCAUCUAGUUGCAAGGGUCUGCAUUCUGUGAAGUCGUUGGGUAUCUCCUGCUCACCUUGCCCCCCCUCCCCCCCCCCCAGGACGGAAGAGUGUGUGAGUUUCAACUAUACAGUCAUUUAUAGUCUUCCUUUCAUUUUUUUUUCAUUCUUUUUUUUUGUAAUAAAAGCUAUGUUAAAGCACCAGUUGAAAGCAGUUUAUUAAAUCUGCUCCUGUGUGGGGGCUCCCUUUUGUGGUACUUCCUCCCCACCCACCCCCACCCCCAAUGGCAGUGUUUCUAAGAGGGGUCUGUGCAAAGUCAGUUUCCCAAAGGGCUACUUCUGCUACGCUUUCAAGUCGACUGUAGCCCAGAUCCAAAGAUCUGUUCAACAAGUUCCAUGCGACAUUUUAGAUUGUGUUCACUGAAGCAGCAGCCCUCCUAUGCAGCCUGGCAAAGACUUUGCAGGGAAUUGCAGCAAGGGACUGAGGAACUGUUGAAAGGGUAUCAGAUCGUACCGUGAGCCUGAGCUCUUGAGGCUAAUCUAAUACUGCCUGGCUUGUGUAUUGUACGACACAAUGGGAGGCUGAGCUUUGCAUCUGUUCUCAUGUAGCUUUGGUGCAACAGGCCUUGCUUGAUUGUGGGUCACCUGCAGUGGGGAAGUGGAUGUUCAGUUCUCUUAGUCAGGUUGCGCUAGCAGAAGAAACAUCUUCAGAGGGUUGGCAAAUAUUACUUCGAUGAAUUCUGCUCCAUCAAAUUGAUGGUUGCUUGGACCUCUCCUAAGGUGUUCUGCCACGUCCUCUGCUAUGCCUUUCCACACUGCCACCCAAGAUUGACUGAAAACUCCCAGUCCAGUCAGGAUUAUCUUCUCCCAAGGUUCUUUUAGCAUCUUUGCCUGGAACUGGGAUGAUGAAAGCAGGUGGCCAUGCUGUGUGGGUGUGUAAACUGGAUGAAUGUGUUCAUGCUCCCAACAUCCUGCCCCCAAUUUUUCUUGUCUCUAAACAGCUUGCUCUUGUUACUCCCUUUCCUCCAUUUUUUUUAAAAAAUGAAACUGUGUAUAAAUAUGCUGUAUCUUCUGCUUAUGAAGACCAUACCCAUAGUUUUGGGGGUGGGGGACUUCCCAAAACUUGGCUUAGGAGUGAGAUGAAUUAAACAAAUUAUCGUAAAUGCUUACUCAUCAAUUCUAGAUAUUUCCCCCAUUCCCUUUCUAUCCUUUUACAAAUCCCUUCUUUUCUUAAAAAAGCAAAUACUUGGCAAUGAAGAUGCUACUCUCAAGCUUUGGUUGGUGCAAUAUGCUAAAAUAAUGGUUUGUGUUGACUUUAUCAUGGGCUAAGUGAACGAGGGUCCUCUAGCCACACAAAACAGGAGAGCGGAGCAUGGUCUGUAUUUAGCGUCCCACCCUCUUCUAUUCCACUUAAUCCACUGCAGCUGGGUUGGGUUUUUUGUUUUGGUUUUUUGUAGUGUAUGUAUCAGACAGUCUUAAUUUUCAAAACCAUUUAACCCUGAAAUGUUUUAGUACAACUGCUGUAUUAGAAAUCAGUUAUUGCGUGAGACGGAAGCGGUGCUCUUUCAAGAACCUUUCGGUGUACAGGAGGAUCUUAUUAUCCUGCACUUGGGGGUGAUAAGACAAUCGGCAGGGCUGCGAUGGAAGACUUGUAAUCUUCUAAAAAAAAUUCCAUCUAGAGAGCAUCACAUGCUGUGGAAAUAACUGUUCUUAGACUUCAUUGUAACUGCUGGACUGUUCCGUGUUAAGGCUAAGCAGAGGGAGAGAAAGCGUUCCUAAUUCUAAUAAACUUUUAUUUUGUUA